CAAUAGAAGUAUCUAGAAAUUUGCAAUAUCACCCUUCAAAUUUCGAAACCUUCAGUAUAUAAUCAAAACCUAGCAAUUUCAAAACGGCACACACAAACAUCUACUCUCUCAAUUUUCCCCUCUAGCAACAUCAUGAGCCGACAUCCUACUAUCAAGUGGGCCCAGAGAUCUGACAAGGUGUUUAUCACAGUUGAGUUACCUGAUGCCAAGAAUGUAAAACAGAAACUAGAACCAGAAGGAAAAUUCUCUUUUUCUGCAACUGCUGGAGCUGAUAAUGUUCCAUAUGAAGUCGUUCUUGAUCUCUUUGAUAAAAUAGAUGUCGAUGAGAGCAAAUCUAGUAUUACAUCUAGAAAUAUCUGCUAUCUUGUAAAGAAGGCAGAAGACAACUGGUGGAGCAGACUGAUUAAGCAAGAAGGUAAAUCGCCAACGUUUUUGAAAGCUGACUGGGACAAAUGGGUUGAUGAAGAUGAACAGGACAGUGAACCUGGAGCAGAUAUGGAUAUGGGUGACAUUGACUUUUCGCAACUCAACAUGGGUGGUGGUCUAGGGGAUUUUGAUGCUGAUGAGCCUGAAGAAGAUGAAAGUGACACUGAAGAGGAAAUUGAGGAAGGAAAGCAUGAACAUAGUGAAUCUCAAGCAGCAACUCCAGCAAGCACUGAAGUUGAGAUAAAAGCUUAGAAGCUCCCUUUUCUUUUUUAAGUUUUUGUUGAACUUCUAAUUAUUAGUAUAAGAUAUGUAGUUUGAACUAAUGUGUCUUGACUAUUGGUGAUGGAGCUUAUGUUCUGGCUUUGUUAUUCAGUGUCUAUGCAUUUGGGAUUAUUUGGGAAUUUAACUUGAGAUAAAGUAGAGCAAUGGUAUCAUUCUUGGUU